AUGUCGAUGGCGGAAUCUUACCUCGAGCCAUUGCGCCACCUCACCAAGAAUGGCUUCGACGAUGCGCGCUUGCUACUUCUUCAAGGCCUCAGUCGCGAGCAGCGCAGUGCCUUGGUUCGGGAAGGUAUGGAGCACUUCACUACCGACGAAGCAUCCGUGCAGUUGUGUCUCUCCAUGCUCGAUUCGCUUCAACAACCACAAGAGCGGGCGACGUCUGAGCUAUAUGUCGAAAGCAACGACUCCCGGCAGCCUAGCAACAUGCAAGUCGCGCCCACACCCACACUCGCCGCGCAUGUUCCCCCAACCUUCGGCAUAGCACUACCGAGGCGCCAAACCAAACGGAAAGCCACGGAAAACGCAGACCCCUCCAACGACCGUGUUCAUAAAGCGCCUGCGCUCAACGCGACAGGUAAUGGUGUCAGCAGCCUCUCCAAUGGAGACGAAGACGACGAUGAAGACUGGGAGGGUACGACUGCAAGACUUGAUAACGCUCUACGGGAUGACGCUCCUGCGGUCGCCAACGCCGACAUUAAUGUCAUCGACAUACGCUCCACAACCCUGGAUAUACCCGUCCUGAAGAUAGGCGCAAUGGUCCCGAGCCUCAACGGUCGUGAGCGUUGGCAACCUCUCAAUUACCUUGAUGAUAACAUCGGCACCGAUAUCCAUGCCAAAUUCUUUGCCCACUUUGCCUACAAGGAGGCGAAGCGAGCAGCAUAUUCGGCGGUGGCGACGAGUGUCGCUGAAGGCUACAGUCUCAGAGGCGUAUGCAUCAACGUAGCGGUGUGGCAGAAGGAAGGCGAUCUAUCCAAUUCCCAGAGGCCCGAUAGGAACGAUGGAAGGGCUUGCGAUACUUGCAUCCGCACAAAGCGACUCUGCGUGCGCGCUUCGUGGGAAUGGCCAGUAGGCUCGAAGCUUUCCGUAAUGUCUCUGCCAGACACUUACCGUCAAGGCAAGGCGUUGGGUUCCAUUGAUGCAUGGGUCAACGGAGGAUAA